AUGGCGGUUUGCGAACAACAAAAGACAGCGCUGGCGCGGCAGGGGGCACUGGCGGCGGCGUUGGCCGAGGGCGCGCAGAGACAACUGCAGGAACGCGCCGCCCUCGCCGCGGAGACGCAAAAGCUGACAGCUCGACGCGUGGCGGAGGCGGGCGCGCGGGGCACGGUGGGCAUCGCGGCGGAGACGCUGUCCGCUGCCCUGGCCGACUACUCCUCGCAGAACCGCAUAGCGUGGCAGGCGCAGGCAGAGGCGCACCUAUAG